GGGGUCACACAGAGUCGGACACGACGGAGUGACUUUCAGGGAGUGGAUUCUCACAUGUGCCACUGCGUACAGUUUGUUUUGGGCAAAGGGAAAAGUAGGAAAAAAGAAAUAACUCAAUAACUUUAUGGGUGGGGGGAGGGGGGCGGUGAAUAAAGACCAAUGGGAAAGAUAGACAACCCCAAGCAUCCUCCACCUUUCAAACACCGGAAACCUACUUUGCAAGUAGGAAGGAGGGUAGCUUAUCAAGGCUUCAGUGCCAUCUUGUGGCUAUUUGUUGGAUCACAACAGAAUUUUGCCUUUUAUUUAUUCUCAGUGAAUGGAUUACUAUUUUGAAGCUUCAGCAUUUAAAAAAUGAGGAUCCUUUAUUUGCAGUCCCUUUUAGAAUUUGUUUGGUAACAGCUUUAUUGGUUUAUAACCCACAUACCACAGAAUUCACUGACUGGAUGUGUAUAGUGUCUGAUUUUUCGUAUAGCCAUUACAAACCAUCAUCACAAUUUUAGAGCAUUUUUACCCCCAAAAAGCCUGCACCCUGACUCCUUGUCCGGCCCACACAUUCCCUGCCUUCAAAUGUCUGCUCGGGCUUUUCCUGCAUGUGCAGCCAUGCUGUGUGCACCCCGUGUCUGCCUGCGCCCCGUUAGUACGUCUGCAGGGUUCAUCCACGUCGACGCCAGUGCUUACUCCUUUUCAACAGCUGAACUGAUACACUGCCGGGUUUGCCAUGACUUGUUCAUUUCAACUGAUGAAUACUUAGUUGGGUUUGUUUGGGGCUUCCCUGAUCGCUCAGUUGGUAAAUGAUCUGUACUUUUUGGCUCUUUGUAACAAAUACUGUUGUGAGCAUUUGUGUACAGGUUCUGAGUGGGAAUGCUGUCAUUUCCUUCUGACAUAUACCUAGGAGUGGAAUUGGGUAAAAAUGGCAACUUAAUGACUUAGUUUUUGGUCACUGCCAAACUGUUUUCCAAAAUGGCUAUGCCAUUUCAUAAUCAUACCAGCAGUGUAUUAGAGUUCUGAUAUAAUUGGAGUUUUGUAUAUUUCCAGAAAACUUUUAACAGGCUUUGAAUUCAGGAAAGCUGUUUUUAGUUUUUGCUAUAAGUUAUUUAAGUAUACCAUGAUAUACUGAGAAAAAAAAUUAGAGUUUAAAGCAAUUACCCAGUAUUACAUCAUCCAGAGGUGUUAUUUCUAGAAUUUAUGUGUGUAUGUAUAUACAUACUUAUAAUUUGAAAAAAAUCCAUUUUUAACCGCAUGGACAUUUUCUAGGUCAGUAUCAGCAUUGUCUUAUGAAUUUGUGUCAUUACAGUACCUACAGACAUCAGGGAAAAGACAUCAUGAGUGUGUCAGAUGCUUUUGACUUCUUGGUGUACACAGGGCUCAGACCAGGGAGGACCCUGCAGCCCUCAGACUAGGGGCUUCUAGCUUAGCCUUUAGUUUUCUUACCUAAAAAGCUAAAUUACUGUUAAUUUUGGUUAAGACACAGUAAUUUUUCCAAUUAACUUAAAACAUUUUUUAUUUUUAAAAAGCACUCACUGAAAAUGACCGAGACAGCCAGUCACCACUGAAGAAUCCUCUCUUGUCGACAUCAAGACCCCUGGUUUUUGGCAAGUCCAAUGGUGAUACAAUUGAUUAUCAGAAACAGCUGAAGCAGAUGAUUAAAGAUUUGGCCAAAGAAAAAGACAAAACUGAGAAAGAGUUGCCAAAAAUGAGCCAGAGAGAGUUUAUCCAGUUCUGUAAGACUUUGUACAGUAUGUUCCACGAAGACCCGGAAGAGAAUGACCUGUACCAAGCCAUCGCCACAGUAACCACGCUGCUGCUGCAGAUCGGCGAGGUGGGGCAGCGAGGCAGCAGCUCUGGGAGCGGCUCCCAGGAAGGCGGGGAGGAGCUGCAGGCCUCGGCUCCUUCCCCCUCUUCUGAGCAGGACUUGGUGUUUGCUGAAGCGGACACAGGGCAGAGUCCCCAGGAGUCCCAGGCAUUUCCUGAGGAGGCACAAGGGGACUGGACCGUCUCCCUUGAACAUAUUUUAGCCUCACUUCUGACUGAACAGUCACUAGUCAACUUUUUUGAAAAGCCACUGGACAUUAAAUCCAAACUUGAAAACGCCAAGCUCAAUCAGUACAGCCUCAAGACUUGUGAAAUGAGCCGCCAGUCACAGCCUGAGCUCAAGCUGAGCAGCCCGUAGGACAGCGAUUGGCUGAGACCCAUCUCCAUACCAAAGCACAGACCAGGUCCCCGGGUGUGGCCCAGGAAGCCAGGUUUGUCUAGCUCACCGUGAGUACUUUACAAGCUGGGUACACACUGUGGCUGGGGGGCACUGAUGCAACACCCAGCAUUUGUUUAGACACUGUCAGUGCUAGAGCUAGUGUUCUGUCCUCAGCUGGAAGCUAAAAUGUGAGAGAUGUGUGAUACUAACCAAGUUGAGAGAAGCCCAAGCACUCAUCCUUCACUUGAACGGGGGAAAGAAUUCACUUUCAAGAUUUGAGAGCCACUAUCUGUGCAAUUGUAUUUGGCUUUUUUUGCACUAAUUUUGUUUCAAUGCUGGUAAUUGAAACCAUGUUAAUGUAUUUGGUUGUAUUCACUUUUGUGUCCUUCCAAAAAAAACCACGCUUUCAAAUGUUGGCCUCCAAGUUUUUUUAAAAACAAAGUUUUCUAUUGA